AUGAGAGAGGCACUCGAGGUUGUGAAGCAUUUUACGUGUCUCAGAAGUUGUAUAAGUUCCCAUUGUAGUGUGACAUAUGAGGUCAAUGCACGAAUGCCCAAAGCUCGGGAAGCAUGGAUGGAAAACACCCCUGACCCAGAACUAGUGAACAAAGUUUUGAGCAUUUAUCUUGACAACUAUAGGGUCCUCAGUUACGAUAGUCAAGGGGGCCUAGCUGCCAUGUCACCCGAAGGAAGCACGAAGGCUGGGAUACUACUAGAUUUCCCAAGCCUAGACAAAAGAAGUCGAGACGCGGAGGUCGGCUUCGAACAAAGGACUUUCCCGCCAGGACUUUCGCGCUCUAAGCACUAA